AUGCCAACGGCAGUCUUCCUCCCGCUCGUGGACCCCACAGCGGCCGCCCUCAUCCCGGCUCUAUCACUUAUCGGUCCGCUCCUCGUCCCCGCCGACCUCCUCGCCGCCGUCCUCCCCUCCAUUCCCAAAACCGCCAACUACAUUGUCGACGCGACCACCUCGUCCGAUGACCUUAUCUCCAUCUUGAACGAGGGCGCCCUGGCAGUCGUCGUCUCGGCCGCCCAGCUCGAGACGCUUGACGUACCGCGUGAGCGCGUUAUCGUUUCCAUUGCAGAGAACGAGGUCGCAGCGGCCGCAACUCUUGCCCAGAAGGCCAGCGGCAUCCUCAUUACCGGUGUUGAGGGGACCCACACCCCCAAAUCACUCGGGAUCAAGAACACGGACGUGUACCUCAGCCCCAAGGCUCUUCCCGCGGCCGACGCGCUCGCCCAGGCCAUUCGCUCUUCUCUCCCCUCCACCCUCGUCAUCCCCACUGCGUCGCUCACGACUGGCGCAACGACCGGCACCCACCUCUCGAUCGCGGACGGCUUCCUCGCCCCCGUCGUGUCGGACCGCCCAGACGGGCUGUUCCCAACCAUCGUGAGUAGCUCGACCCACUCGUCCCGCCCCCUGGGUAUGGUGUACUCGUCGCGCGAGAGCGUCGCCGAGGCCAUCAAGUCUCAGAAGGGUGUGUACCAGUCGCGCAAACACGGCUUGUGGCGCAAGGGCGAGACGUCGGGAUCAGUGCAGGACCUCGUCGCCAUCCAGCUCGAUUGUGACACGGACAGCCUCGUCUUCGAGGUCGUGCAGCAUGGCACUGGCUUCUGCCACCUCGGGACGCCGACGUGCUUUGGCUCGUUUACCGGUCUCGCCAGGCUCGAGGACACGCUCAAGAGCCGCCUGGAGACCGCACCCGAGGGGUCGUACACGAAGCGUCUGUUUUCCGACGACAAGCUCCUCCGUGCCAAGAUCAUGGAGGAGGCCGAGGAGCUGUGCGACGCCCAGACUAAGGAGGAGGUCGCGUUCGAGGCUGCCGACCUCUUCUACUUUGCCCUCACCCGUGCGGUGAGCAAGGGUGUGUCGCUCAAGGACAUUGAGCUCGCCCUCGAUGCCAAGCACAAGAAGGUGACCAGGAGGAAGGGCGAUGCCAAGCCCAAGUGGGAGGAUAAGGUCAAGCCUGCCGCUGCCGCUGCUGCUGUUCCCGCGCCGGUCGCGCCGGCUGCAGGCCCUAUCCGCAUGCGCACGACCAAGCUAUCAGAGGUGACUGCGGCUGAGCGCCCCGGGCUGCUCAAGCGCCCGGUCCUCAACUCGCUCGCCAUGAUCGACAAGGUCAAGCCUAUCGUCGAGCGUGUGCGCACAGAGGGCGAUGCUGGCCUCAAGGCCAUGACGAAGCAGUUUGACAGGGCAGACCUCUCGUCCAAUGUGCAGCGCGCUCCGUUCCAGACUCCCGGCGAGGACGUGCUUCCCAAGGACGUCCGCGACGCCAUUGACCAGGCAUACGCCAACGUCAAGGCGUUCCACGCUGCCCAGCUCGACUCUGGGCCACUGCGCGUUGAGACGAUGCCCGGUGUCGUCUGCUCGCGCUUCGCUCGCGCCAUCCAGCGUGUUGGCAUCUACGUGCCUGGCGGCACGGCCAUUCUCCCCUCGACGGCCAUCAUGCUUGGCGUGCCCGCCCAGGUCGCUGGAUGCAAGGAGAUUGUGCUGGCGACGCCGCCUCGUGCCGACGGCUCCAUCUCCCCCGAGGUGCUGUACGUUGCCCAGCUCACUGGCGUGACCACCAUCCUCAAGGCUGGUGGUGCACAGGCCGUGGCCGCCCUCGCAUACGGCACGGCCGAGGUGCCCAAGGUCGACAAGAUCUUCGGACCUGGCAACCAGUGGGUCACGGCUGCCAAGAUGCUUGUCCAGAACGACACGGACGCCCUCGUGUCGAUCGACAUGCCUGCCGGCCCGUCCGAGGUACUUGUCAUUGCCGAUGCGACCGCCAACCCCAUCUUCGUCGCCUCGGACCUCCUCUCGCAGGCCGAGCACGGCGUCGACUCGCAGGUCGUCCUCGUCGGCAUCGACCUCACUGCCGACCACCUCGACGCUAUCGAGGCCGAGGUCGAGCGCCAGGCCCUUGCCCUGCCCCGUGUCGAGAUUGCUCGCGUCGCCAUCUCCAAGUCGCUCAUCGUCCUCACCGACACACUCGAGGAGGGUAUGGCAUUUUCCAACGAGUACGCACCAGAGCACCUCAUCCUCCACCUUGCCGACUCGCCUGGCGCCGUUGCAAGUGUCGAGAACGCCGGCUCGGUCUUUGUCGGCGCGUUCUCGCCAGAGUCGUGCGGCGACUACGCCAGCGGCACUAACCACACCCUUCCCACCAACGGUUAUGCGCGCCAGUUCUCGGGCGUCAACACACUCUCGUUCCAGAAGCACAUUACCUCGCAGGAGGUUACCAAGGAGGGCCUCAAGGUCCUCGGCCCCGUUGUUGUUACCCUCGCCGAGCGUGAGGGUCUCGAGGCCCACGCGAAUGCUGUGCGUGUCCGCCUCCAGGAGCUUAACAAGUAG